AUGGCCGACUUCACAAUCACACCGGAUCCAAAUCUGCAUCUGGAGCACUCUAAUGAGUACGAGCCUGAAGACUGGAGAUCCGAGACCACCUCGAUCGCCUCCUCUUUGUAUAGGGGGUUUAUGGAGAAUGGCCGACGCUACCAAACCCUGAGAGAUGCCGGUUAUUUCAGCCCAUCGGAUGAAAAACAGUUCGAGACGUAUGAAGUGGGACAUCUCGCAUGCCUUCUCAUGAACGCUGACGCACCAAAUCCACUGUAUCUGGCACCUGUCCCCGCGCCGAAACAUGUGCUCGAUAUUGGGACGGGGCAGGGCUCGUGGGCUAUUGACAUGGCCGACAUGUUCCCCAACGCUGUUGUCCGAGGUGUUGACCUGUUUCCUCCGCCCGUCAGUUGGAUCCCGCCAAACUGCAUCUUCGAAGUAGACGAUAUACUGCAGCAGUGGACCUGGCGCGAAAAGUUUGACCUGAUUCAUCUGCGUCAUGGUAUCGGUGCUUUUACGCAGGACGAAUGGGGUUCCCUCUAUAAGCAUUGUUAUGACAAUCUUGAACCGGGCGGCUGGUUUGAGCAGAUUGAAAUGGAUAUCCGCUGCGAGUGUGAUGAUGGGAGUAUACCGGCGGAUAGUGUCUUAUUCACUUGGGGGCCUCGGUUCUUCGCCGCUGGCGAAAAAAUGGGAAAGUCCCUUGAUAUCACGAAAAAUUUGCGCCCAUCUAUUGAAAAUGCUGGGUUUGCUGACGUUCAUGAGAAGACUACAAAGUGGCCCAUCGGUGCAUGGCCGAGAGACAAAGCGUUAAAAGAGGCUGGCAUAGUCAAUAUUCAGCACUGGCUAUCGGGCAUGGAGGGCUACUCUAUGUAUCUGCUCACUAAGUAUGGAGACCCGGUGCCAUGGACGAGGGAGGAAGUCUUGAUUUAUGUUGCGGACAUGCGUAAAGCUUUAAAAAACCCUCGCUUUCACGUCUAUCAGCGGGCGAAGAGAAUAUGGGCCAAGAAGCCACUUGCGGAUGAGAUGGUUGGGAGAAGUGAGAGCCCUGAUAUUCUCAAGCAGAAAUGA